AUGUGCCAAGGAGUCCCUCAAAGUCAUAGGCCGAGGAGAGUGAGAUGUAGGGACAAGAGAAACUUCCCCGAGUGCUACCACAGGGGUGAUCUCUUUUGCCCUGUCGCCUGCCCACGGAACUGCUAUGCCAACUGCUCGUCUUGCCAGGCUUCGUGCACUCCUCCACCGCCUCCUCCUCCUCCUCCUCCACCUCGUCCAGUCAAGCCUCACAAGGUGAAGUGCCAUGACCUCAACUUCCGUAGGACAUGCAAUCAGGCCCUCCUAUGCCCUGCCGCCUGUCCUAGGACCUGUGUUGUCGAUUGUACUACCUGUCAGCCUGUAUGUUCACUUCCAGUUUACAAUCAUCCUCCUCCCCCACCAUCACCAGUGGUUGUAACUCCCAGCUCACCACCACCGCCACUCACAAACUCAACGCUUCCGGCAACUGCAACCCCACCGCCUCCGGAUAGUUCAGAGGCCGCCGCUGGAAGAAGAGUUCGUUGCAGGAACAGAUCGUAUCCCAGCUGUUAUUACAGGGAGCACCGUUGUCCUGCUACUUGUCCCACUACAUGUGAGGUUGACUGUGUUACUUGCAGCCCUGUGUGCAACUGCAACAGGCCCGGGGCAGUUUGCCAAGACCCGAGAUUCAUAGGAGCCGAUGGCAUCACUUUCUACUUCCACGGCCAAAAGGACAAAGACUUCUGCAUCGUCUCCGACACAAACCUACACAUCAACGCACAUUUGAUAGGGAAAAGAAACCACGACAUGGGCCGUGACUUUACUUGGGUCCAAUCCCUUGGUAUCCUCUUCCGGACACACAAAAUCCUCAUAGGCGCCAAAAAAACGGCCACCUGGGACGAUACAAUCGACCGCCUCAUUGUCUCAUACGAUGGGACAUCCAUCUUGCUGCCCGAGCAGGAAGGGGCAAAAUGGGAAUCAAACUCAUCGCCAAAUAACGUAGUUAUUACACGAUCGCGCGAUACCAAUGCAGUCAUGGUCGAGGUCGAAGGCAAUUUCCAAAUAAAGGCCUCGGUCGUGCCUAUUACAGAGAAGGAGUCGAGAGUCCACAACUACGGGAUCACGAGCGAGGACUGCUUUGCACAUCUCGACUUGGGUUUCAAGUUUUACUCGUUGAGUGAUGAUGUCAGCGGGGUUCUGGGGCAGACAUACGCAAAGGAUUACGUGAGUAGGGUGAAGAUGGGUGUAGACAUGCCGGUUUUGGGGGGAAAUGUGGAAUUUGCUACUUCGGGUAUCUUUUCAACCGAUUGUGCUGUUGCCAGGUUCAAGGGCAUGGAGUCGGUUGAUUCGAAUGAUUUCGGGUACACAAGUUUGAGGUGCGAGAGCGGGCUCGACGGGCGUGGAGUGGUUUGCAAGAGAUAA